CACCGUGAUGCACUGCACGACGGAUCGAGUACUCCCGGUGCAUGUUAGCAACGGGUCGAUGCCAAGUUCAAUUUUGGGGUUUAGAACCUUAAGCGCGAGAAUUUCAGAAGAGUAAGAAAUGGGUUCAAAAGAGAGUUGCAGAACCGAGCUCCGAACGGCAAUCCGUCAGCUUAACGAUCGUUGCCUCUACUCUGCCUCAAAAUGGGCAGCAGAACAGCUGGUGGGAAUCGAACAAGAUCCAGCAAAGUUCACACCUUCUCACACCAGAUUCCAGCGCGGGAGUUCAAGCAUUCGCAGGAGAUUCCGUACUAACGAGCUUCCUUCCACGCCCACUGCUGGUGUUUCGUAUAUCACCACUCCAGUUCCAGAGGAAGACGACCUUGUCGACAGCGAUUGUUAUCUUCUUGCUAAGUCCUACUUCGAUUGCCGGGAGUACCGGAGGGCUGCUCAUGCGCUUCGAGACCAGACGGGGAAGAAAUCAGUUUUCUUGCGUUGCUACGCCCUUUAUCUGGCUGGUGAAAAGCGGAAAGAGGAAGAGAUGAUAGAACUUGAGGGACCCUUGGGUAAGAGUGAUGCUGUAAACCAUGAGUUGGUUUCUCUUGAGAGAGAAUUGUCAACAUACCGCAAGAAUGGUACUAUUGAUCCUUUUGGCCUUUAUUUGUAUGGUGUCAUUCUUAAGGAGAAAGGACGUGAGGAUCUUGCACGAACAGUCCUUGUGGAGUCUGUUAAUAGUUACCCUUGGAACUGGAAUGCCUGGUCAGAACUGCAGUCAUUGUGCACCACCAUUGAUAUCUUGAACAAUCUUAAUCUUAAGAAUCAUUGGAUGAAAGACUUCUUCCUUGCCAGUGCACACCAAGGACUCAGGAUGUACAGUGAAUCCUUGUCAAAAUACGAAUAUCUUCAAGGGACUUUUCCUUUCAGCAAUUACAUUCAGGCGCAAAUUGCAAAAGCCCAGUAUAGUUUGAGGGAAUUUGAGCAAGUUGAAGUUAUCUUUGAAGAACUUCUAAGAAAUGAUCCUCAUCGAGUGGAGGACAUGGAUAUGUACUCAAAUGUGCUUUAUGCGAAAGAGAGCUUUUCUUCCCUGAGUUACCUUGCCCACAGGGUGUUCUUGACUGAUAAAUAUCGGCCCGAGUCUUGUUGCAUUAUUGGGAAUUAUUACAGUCUGAAGGGGCAACACGAGAAGUCUGUUGUGUAUUUCAGAAGGGCACUCAAACUGAACAAGAAUUACUUGUCAGCUUGGACUCUGAUGGGCCAUGAGUAUGUUGAGAUGAAGAACAUCCCAGCUGCUAUUGAUGCAUAUCGGCGGGCUGUAGAUAUUGAUCCAUGUGAUUAUCGGGCCUGGUAUGGUUUGGGACAAGCAUAUGAGAUGAUGUGUAUGCCCUUUUAUGCACUAUACUAUUUCCGGAAAUCAGUAUACUUGCAGCCAAAUGAUUCCCGAUUGUGGAUUGCCAUGGCUCAGUGUUAUGAAACUGAGCAGCUUCACAUGCUUGAGGAGGCAAUCAAGUGUUACCGGAGGGCAGCAAAUUGUAACGACAGAGAGGCAAUUGCGUUACACCAGUUGGCAAAGCUGCAUAAUGAACUUGGGCGCACUGAAGAGGCAGCUUUUUACUACAAAAGGGAUUUGGAAAGGAUGGAAGCCGAGGAAAGGGAGGGGCCAAAUAUGGUAGAAGCUUUGCUUUUUCUUGCCACAUACUGCAAAGCACAAAAAAGGUUUGAGGAAGCAGAGGUUUAUUGUACCAGACUUCUGGACUAUACAGGCCCAGAGAAGGAAACAGCAAAGAGUCUUCUACGGGGAAUGAGAGCAGCACAGUCUUUGCCUUCAAUGGAUGUUGAGCAUUUCCCUCCAUGAGAAUUUCAUUCCAAUAUAAAAAAUGAUUGAACACAGGUACAUCCCACCGAGUCCUGGUUUACUGAAACAAAUAUGAUAAAAAUAUGCCAUAGAUCAGAUCAGACCAGUGAAGAAAAUCCAAACGUUGCAUGCUGGAGAGAAACAAUUGCUUCAGAAUCCUUAUUCCAGGGCGGUAACUUGAGCUUUAUAGAAAAUUCAGUCUGAACCCUACAUUCCCACUUGAUCAAGUCUUGUAAGUUACAUGUUUGGAACUCUAUAAAUCAUUUACUAAGCAUUGCUAGUGGUAUACAUAGUAUUCACUUUGGGAUUUGUAGAUAAAAGCAUUUAAAGGUUAAGCAGUAGAACAACUGGCAAUUAUUUAUGACUGAUAACUUUGCUGGUAACUUUUCUUUAUUUGUUUGCUUGAUUAUAUAUUCCUUUUCAGUUGAAUUUGUUAUUAUUUUUCCUCUUUUUCACUAUGUACAGCAAGGAGAUGGUGUUUCUAAUUAGUCAUCAUUCUCUUUGAAUUCUCAAGUUAAUCAUAGAAUUUGAUAUCCAGAAAAAAAUAACAGCUUUGGUGGUUUUUA